AUGGCUCUUCCCAGCGACUCUAAAACGCCUAUUGACAAUCCUACCCGGGUUGAUUCUCACGACCAUGCCGAAACUGCACUCAAACACGACGAUAUUGCCGCUGAGGCUGUUGCACAGGGCCAGGCACUCUCAGGCUACGAGCAUUUGACAUUCUGGGAGACUGUCCGAACCUUCAAGAUGGCCUCACUCGUCUGUCUGCUCGCGGCCUUCAGUGCUGGAGCUGAUGGCUACCAAAUUGCUAUGCAAGCGAGCAUUAUUGCAAACAAGGGCUUUGUCCAACAGUUCGUCACGGCAGUCAACGAAGAGGGCGAGAAGUUCCUCGCCUCCAAUAUCAUCGCUACUUGGAGUGCUGGCCAAAACGUAGGCCAGGUCCUCGGUCAGAUCGGUAUCUCCUUUGUAGUCGCACGGUUCGGUCGCAAGAUUUCCAUGUAUACUCUCUGGACUAUCCUCAUGAGCAGUGUCUUGGCUGAGUCACUUGCCCGCACCUGGCCAGUCUGGUUUGGUGCCAAGAUGCUUGCUGGUACUGGUGUAGGAUGCCUCCAGGCUACCCUGCUAGGUUACAUUACAGAAGUCAGCCCAACUAGAGUCCGUGGCGUUGAGAACUUUGAUGUCGAUCGUCACUACGAACUUCUCGCCUUGAACGUCGAACAUGAAAGGGCUUUAGCGGCCGAGCAACGAAACGAAAACUGGCUGGCAAACUUCAAGGGUACUGACGGCCGCCGUACCAUUACUGCCAUGUGGACAAUUGUUGCGCAGCAGUUCUUGGGUCUUGCCCUCUUUGGCAGCUUCGGUACAUACUUCUUCCAACAGGCUGGCCUCGCCGACCCCUUCCAGAUCAAGGCCAUAACUACGUCUCUACAAAUAAUCGUCGUUAUCUUGGCUGUUUUCGGUGUCGAUAAAUUUGGUCGUCGUCGUAUGGCCUGCUGCGCUACUUCCUUGAUGUGGAUUUCUUGUUUGAUCGUUGGUAUUAUCGGAGUUGCUCCCCAAAGUGGUGCAAGCACCUAUGUGUUUGUGUUGUUUGCGUGCUUCUGGACCUCUGCCAACUCUGUCACUGGUCUUAUAAUGUCAGUUCUAACACCGUACAUGGUCAAUGCCAAUAAGUGGGAUUGGAAGCUCAAAACUGGCUUCUUCUAUGCUGGCGUUGGUCUCCCUUGGGUCAUCGGCACGUGGCUGUUGGUUCCCGAGACUGCUCGACGAUCACCUGCGGAGCUUGACGAACUGUUUGAGCGUAAGAUCAAGGCUUGGAGAUUCCAUACGACUGAGACUGCUACACAGCGACUGAUGCAGAGUGAGAAAGCGGAAGCUGCAGAGAAAUGA